CCCGUUGGGUGGAAAAUUAGCACUGCUGCGGACAUUUACUCCAGCCCCUCGGAAGGAGGCUCAGGAUCAGCCAGCCGAGCGUGGAGAGGUAACCAGAAUAAAAGGACCCAAAGGAUGCAGAUGGACAUCCCCAAAACCCUGUUACAUAUGUAUGGGGGCUGUUAGUAUAUAAAAUCACAGAACAUCUUCUACUUCUUAUGAACAUACAAUCCUAUUUGUUAUUACAAGCUUUCACUUGGGUUUAUGGCUUUCUUAUCAGAUAACCAGAUAAGUAGUGUCCUCUUCUGGUUAAUCAAUAAUGAAGGGAUUCCAUAGCAGAGAUUUUCCUGACCUGUAGAUUCUCCCAAUGUUUCCUAAUCAUUUCCUAAAGAUUAAUAUUAUAUUACAAAAAAUACACAGAGCCUAAAUAUUAGAUAGGAUUAUUUCAGAAAAGCCCAGAAACAACUGUGAUCCUUAUAUAAUGGGGCCUGGAGUCCGGAUCACAGUACAGUCCACCAGCAGAACCUCCCCAGAGCACAUCUGUGAGAGCAAUGGCCGCCCACUGGGGAACAUCAAUGGUUCUCUCCACAUGGCUUCUUCUGAGCCUCAGCUCUUGUGUCCAUGGAACAGGAGAGCAGAUCCCUGGUACAGAUGGGUGGGAUGUCCCUCCAGUGUCCGGCGGAGAUUGUCCAUUCUCUCUGGGCACCACAUUUCCACCACGUGUGAAGGUUGAUAUGAAGGUCGGCAGUAGGAGUUCUGCACAUCUCAUGACUGACAGUAUGAAGAGCCGCUCAAUGUCUCCAUGGGAAUACAGCCCUAACGUGGACCAUAACAGGUUCCCUGUGGUCAUCAAUGAGGCCAGAUGUCUCCACCACGGCUGUAUGGACUCUGAGGGUAAUGUGGACCUCAGCAUGAACUCAGUCCCCAUCAGACAGGAGGUCCUGGUCCUGCGUCGUGAGAUGAGAGAAUGUGUCCCCGUCUAUAAGCUGGACAAGCAACUGGUCACCGUGGGCUGCACCUGUGUCCGACCCAUCACCCACUACCUCAAAUAAGAGGCGACUCUGUAAUGGUACCUCCUAAGAAGUGUUACCUUGUUACCC